AUGACAGAUUCGAGUGAUGACGAAGAUUCCGAAAUAUUUUUAUCUGGUCCAAACACUUCGUUUUUCUCCUUUUUUUCGAACAAUAAUUUUCUAAUUCGAUCCGUAUAUUCUAUUCUAACAAAAAAACGAAUUCUAAUUGGUUCUAUAAUUCUAUUAUUAUCAAUACUUUUAUUAAUAACUUCUAUCAAAUUAUUUCUCAUAAACAAAAAUCAAAAUCUUCUAUCGUACAAUGGCACACAGACAUCUGCAAUACAAAUUACAACCGAAAGAGUGACAACGAUAAAUCAAUCGCCAACAAACUAUGAGAGAACAAGUAGAACAACAAGAACAACAAACAAAUCAACAUUUACUUUAUCACCAAAAUCUUGUUCUAUUCCAUCUAUAAAUGCAACAUGGAAUCAAUCAGGCAUUAUAUUUAUUAAUCCACUUGAUCAAUGUCGUCUAACUGAACAUAGUUUAUGUAAUCCAAGAGAUAUAUUUAUUGAUGAUGUUCAUAAUACUUUCUAUGUUGCUGAUGUUGAUAAUAAUCGAAUACAAAAAUAUUUCUUAAAUGAAACAUAUAAUUCGAAAAUGGGUGCAACUGGAAUUACUGUUGCUAGUGAAGGACUUAUUUUACCUCAAUCUAUAUUUGUUGAUAUUCGUACAGAAGACAUGUAUAUUUUGGAUUUGGAUCGAAAUCCACGUGUUAAUUCAUCAAGGGAUUGUUCCUUUCGGGUUCAUUUAUGGAAGAAAAAUGAAAGUAUUGGUAGAAUUUUAUUUAGUAGAAGAGGUGAAAUUGACUUUGGAUACUUUUAUCAUCAUUUAACAUUGGAUAAAGAUAUGAAUAUAUAUGUUGGAACAAGAUUUUUCAUUAUGAAAUGGUUAGUAUCGACAAAUUAUACAGAAAAAGUUGUUGUUGCUGGAAUGCACACGAUAAAACCGUCAUACUCGACUGACGUAUAUGAUCCAAUUACAUUCUUCGUCACUGAUGAUUUCACAUUAUAUGUAGCGGACUGGAAAAAUAAACGUAUUCAACAGUGGAAAAUUAACGCAAGCGAAGGUACGACAGUAAUAGGAGAUUUACCGACUGGCUUGGGAAUAACAUUGGAUUGCAAUGGAUAUCUUUAUUUUAUUGAGACAAAGAAAUAUACUAUAUCUCAAUUUAAUAUGGAGACUAAUCAAACGAGAUUGAUUGUUAGUUUUGGACAUUAUUUUGAAAGAUCUUCAUUUCAUUCGCCACAAAAGAUACAAAUGGAUAAACUUGGAAAUAUUUAUUUUAUAGAUCUUGAUCAAGUUUUUAAGUUUUCCAUUGUAUCGAACUAA